AUGUUUCAUUCGUUAUGCGUACCGGCUGGGGUGUGGGCUUUUCGUCGAGAGUCGGACUGCUCUCGUUGUGACUGGCACUGCGACCUCGAUCCCUGCCGUAAAGUUUAUGGGAAAAAGGGUCUUGACUGGGGAAUGAUUGCGGUGGACUACCUACCGAAUGCCAAAGAACCCCUGAAAAAAAAUCAAAUCUACUCCCCUCGACGAUGGACUAAACUUCAUAUCUGCCGGAUCCCGCGUAUGAGAAGUAACACAAUGAACAUCGGUCGGCUCGCUGCCAAGAGGUGCACUAGAAUUAAAUCUGCCCGAUCUCGGCAAAGAUACACACUGGACUCAGAAUCGGCCGGUGCCCGGCUGAAAGAAGAAGUAGAAAAAGAAGAAAUUGACAAAGCACUUAACUCAGCUCUGGCCGGAUUCUGGCGAGGCGAAGUUGUUCCUGGUUCGGUCCCAGCUACGAGACGAUGGGACGCUAGGCCCCCUUGCGGGGAUGCAUGGAAUUAG